CUAAUUUCAUCGACAGUUUUGACGCCAUCAAAAUACAGCUGAUUGAAAAAAUUGCACUUUGUUUACGAUUUUCUCAGGAUAUAGUUUAGAAUUGCCAAAAAUUAAAUAAAGAAAUGGAACAGCCAUUAGAGAAAGUGCUUAAUGAUUUCGCUUCCCAACCUGAAACCGUAGGAGUUUUGUUGGCCAAUCGUCAAGGUCUCUGCUUGGGAGCAAAAGGGCAAAUUAAUCCCAAUAUGUCCGGCAUUGCCAUGGCUAUUUCGGAGCAGGCAUGUAAGCUGGAGCCAAAUUUGAAUCCGCCUGUUAUUUAUAUGUACAGUGAAAAUAAGCGAUGCAUCAUUAAAAAAGAUGGCGAGCUAACAGGUGUUAUUUAUAAGCAGAAGCCUAACUAAGUACAAAAUAUAAAGCGUUGUUGCUGUGCCCUCUUUUUAUACAUUCAUAAAAAAAAUAAACUUAACUGAAUUACCAAAGCAAGUGCAAUAAAAUUGUAGAAGAGCUUAUACGCUAACAAAGUAAAAUUUUCUAAUAUAGUGGCAUAGUAUGAAAUUGGUUUAAUAUCUUAUUGCAUUAGAUUAGGGUGUCAUUAAUUUUUUAGCAUAUGUUAUAUAAUAUACAAACUCUG